AGUGCCUGCGACAUGAUGCAGUUUUGCUGUUAUUCUCAUAUUGUCACAUAAAGUCGCACAUGUAGCUAUGGCCGCUAAACGCAAAGUAGAUAUGGCUGUCCCCGCCGAGGAAAGUGACCAGCUCCUAAUUCGACCAUUGGGCGCCGGUCAGGAGGUUGGUCGGUCUUGCAUUAUUUUGGAAUUCAAAGGGCGAAAAAUCAUGCUGGACUGUGGUAUCCACCCUGGCCUGGAGGGAAUGGAUGCACUCCCGUACAUUGAUUUAAUUGACCCAGCCGAGAUAGACCUACUGCUUAUCAGCCACUUCCAUCUGGAUCACUGUGGAGCCCUGCCCUGGUUCCUCCAGAAAACCAGCUUUAAAGGGAGGACCUUCAUGACCCAUGCCACUAAGGCCAUCUAUCGCUGGCUGCUGUCUGACUAUGUCAAAGUCAGCAACAUCUCAGCAGAUGACAUGCUAUACACUGAGACAGACCUGGAGGAAAGCAUGGAUAAGAUUGAGACCAUCAACUUCCAUGAGGUCAAGGAGGUGGCUGGCAUCAAGUUCUGGUGCUAUCAUGCUGGUCAUGUCCUGGGAGCCGCCAUGUUCAUGAUAGAGAUAGCUGGGGUCAAACUGUUGUACACAGGAGACUUUUCCCGUCAAGAGGACAGGCAUUUGAUGGCAGCUGAGAUCCCCAGUGUCAAACCUGACAUUCUAAUCAUAGAGUCCACGUAUGGUACCCACAUCCAUGAGAAGAGGGAAGAGCGUGAAGCAAGGUUCUGUAACACCGUCCAUGAUAUUGUCAACCGAGAAGGCCGCUGUCUGAUCCCUGUGUUUGCCUUGGGCCGAGCCCAGGAACUGCUGCUCAUCCUGGAUGAGUACUGGCAGAACCACCCAGAGCUCCAUGACAUCCCUAUCUACUACGCUUCAUCCCUGGCCAAGAAGUGCAUGGCUGUGUACCAGACCUACGUCAACGCAAUGAAUGACAAGAUUCGCAAGGCCAUUAAUAUCAACAACCCCUUCGUCUUCAAGCACAUCAGCAACCUGAAGAGCAUGGAUCACUUUGAUGACAUCGGCCCCAGUGUAGUGAUGGCAUCUCCGGGUAUGAUGCAGAGCGGGCUUUCCAGGGAGCUGUUUGAGAGCUGGUGUACUGAUAAGAGGAACGGAGUCAUCAUUGCUGGAUACUGUGUGGAGGGGACACUGGCCAAGCACAUAAUGUCUGAGCCAGAGGAGAUCACCACCAUGUCAGGACAAAAGUUGCAGCUGAAGAUGUCUGUGGACUACAUUUCCUUCUCUGCCCACACUGACUACCAGCAGACCAGCGAGUUCAUCAGGGCUCUGAAACCACCCCAUGUGAUCCUCGUCCACGGGGAGCAGAAUGAGAUGGCCCGUCUAAAGGCUGCACUGAUCAGGGAAUAUGAGGACAAUGAUCAGGUUCACAUCGAGGUCCACAACCCCCGCAACACAGAGGCAGUCACCCUUAACUUCAGAGGGGAGAAACUAGCCAAAGUGAUGGGCUCUCUGGCUGACAAGAAGUGUGCCCAGGGCCAGAGGGUGUCAGGCAUACUGGUGAAGAAGAACUUCAAUUACCACAUCCUCACCCCUUCAGACUUGUCCACAUACACAGAGCUUGCUAUGAGCACAGUAAAACAGACCCAGGCUAUCCCUUUCACUGGACCUUACUCUCUGCUAGUCUGCCAUCUCAGGAACCUCACUGGUGAUGUGGAGGAGAUGGACGGUACAGACAAGAACACUCUGAAGAUCUUUAAAAAUAUCACUCUGACCCACGAGGUUGGCAUGGUGGUCCUAGAGUGGAUAGCUAACCCUCUGAAUGACAUGUAUGCUGAUGCUGUCACUACAGUGGUGCUAGAGGUCCAGUCAAAUCCUAAGGCUCAGAAAGUAAUGGAGAACCAGAGUCUCAAUGUUGAUAUGGAUGUCUAUCAAGCAAGACUUGAGGUCAUGCUGCAAGACAUGUUUGGAGAGGACUGUGUGGAAUAUGGGGAUGGUAAAAACCUCUCUGUGACAGUGGAUGGAAAAACCAUCCAGAUUUGCUUAGAAACAAGGACGGUGUGCUAUGACGACAACAGCACAGAGGAUGAAUCCCUGAAAGAGAUGGUGGAGUUGGCGGUGCAGCGACUCUAUGAUGCACUCAACCCCAUCGUCUGAGGGGUUUCAGGCUCUUGCCCAGUGAAAUAGAAUGGGUAGAAUGGACACCCUUAUACACAGGUUAGGCUCGUCUUUUUCCCUGUAAUGGUACAGAUUCUGCUUGGUCUGCAGUCAUGUACAUACAUAUUCAUAACUUGCAGGUCACCAUUGACAAAAUGAGCUAAAAUGAGCAAAUUUCUUUGACAUCAUCGAUAUGAGAGCAAAGUUUAUCUAAUCAAGUUCAGAAGUCAAACUGGGUUUAUGAAUAGCAUGUCUGAACUCGAAACUGGAUUAAACCAUUUUCAAUGGUCACAGUA